AAAAAGGCUCUGCAGAGUGGAGGGUCACACAGCCUCCUGCUGCUGGCCCAGCUGACUGCUCCGCCACGCUCUCUGGCUCCCUUCUGCUUGCCCGGCUGGGUAAGUAAACAGCACCCUGCUUCCAAAGGCCUUCUUCUCCAGCGUGAUUGCGCCAACACUGCUCUGUGGUUUUCUCUACUUGGCGUGGGUUACUGCUGAGCUUCCAGAGGUGAGCAGAGCAAUGGCUACAAGCAGACGCACCUUCGUCCCGGACUCUUUCGAUGGGGCCAGUGUAGCCCCCAACCUUUGGCUGCACCGCUUCGAGGUCAUCGAUGACCUCAACCACUGGGACCACGCUACCAAGCUCAGGUUUCUCAAAGAGUCGCUCAAAGGAGAUGCCCUGGAGGUCUACAACAGACUCAGUGUCCAGGACCAGGGAGACUACGGGGCUGUGAAGGAGGCCCUCCUGAGGGCCUUCGGAAAGCCAGGGGCUGCCUGCAGCCAGCCCAAAGAGAUUGUGUUUGCCAACAGCAUGGGUAAGGGCUACUACCUCAAAGGGAAGAUUGGCAAAGUGCCCGUGAGGUUCCUGGUGGACUCCGGGGCCCAGGUCUCUGUGGUCCACCCGAAAUUGUGGGAGGAGGUCACUGAUGGCGAUCUGGAUACCCUGCAGCCCUUUGAGAACGUGGUGAAAGUGGCCAAUGGAGCCGAAAUGAAGAUCCUGGGUGUCUGGAAGACAGUCAUGUCCCUGGGCAAACUGAAGCUGAAGGCUGAGUUCCUGGUGGCCAACGCAAGUGCAGAAGAAGCCAUCAUCGGCACCGACGUGCUGCAGGACCACAACGCUGUCCUGGACUUCGAGCACCGCACGUGCACCUUGAAAGGAAAGAAGUUCCGCCUCCUGCCGGUGGGGGGUUCCCUGGAAGAGGAGUUUGACCUGGAGCUCAUCGAGGAAGAGUCUACACUGGAUCGGCAACAGUCGUCCUAUUAAGAAGCCCGCCCCCCUCUCUGCCCCAAAUGGUUGGGAACCCUACAAACGUGAGGGUGCAUAGUCUCAGGGAGAUUGCUGAGUUUGGCCCACCUGUAAAUCCAACUCUUGCUUGCCGCCCGCCUCCCUCCACAGGGGCCUUGGUCUGCCCCUGGUGGGGGAGGCUUCGUGGAAACAGGGAGAGAGCAGGCUGGCAUGCUUGGAGAGGAAGGCCCCGUGGCCAUCAAGCCAGUGCUGGUGGCACCAACUUGACAUUUGGAAGAAGCUUCCAGGAGGCUAGGAAUAUCUGUCUGUGAGAGAGGAUUGGGGGACCUUUGCCGAUCCACUGAGGUGUGGCUGUGUCACCUUCUGGUCCAGCCGGGCUGGGUCCCGGCUGCAUCCUCGCCAGCCAGGUCCUGCUGUCCUGCGGGGUGGCAGCUGCUCUUAGAUGCCCCUGGCCUGUCUUCCCACUUGUGUAAUGAUAUGUUUCUUUCUGUCAUUUGCUUUGAAACCCAGCCUUGUGCCAAUAAUUCAAUUACUGUAAAACCAAUAAAUAACAGUUCAUGGAAAAA